AGCCGCGGAGGGCGGGCGGUUGGCGGGGCAGCCAGCCUCGCCGUCCGUUUCGCGCCGCCGGCCCACGCCGCAGUGUGUGUUGUGGACGGCACCUUCUCAGACAGCCCAGUAGAGCCCAGCUCGGCGCCCGGCAGCCUUCGACGCGAUGUUCCGCCAGAGCUUUAACCGUUUUUGUGCUGGAGAAGAGAAACGAGUUGGUACACGCACAGUAUUUGUUGGCAAUCAUCCAGUUUCAGAAACAGAAGCAUACAUUGCACAAAAAUUUUGUGAUAAUAGAAUAGUCUCAUCUAAGUAUACACUUUGGAAUUUCCUCCCAAAGAAUCUGUUUGAACAGUUUAGAAGAAUUGCAAAUUUUUAUUUUCUCAUCAUUUUCCUUGUACAGGUCACAGUAGACACACCAACUAGCCCAGUUACCAGUGGACUUCCACUUUUCUUUGUUAUAACUGUUACAGCCAUCAAACAGGGAUAUGAAGAUUGGCUGAGGCACAGAGCUGACAAUGAAGUCAACAAGAGCACUGUUUACAUUAUUGAAAAUGCAAAGCGAGUGAGAAAAGAGAGUGAAAAAAUCAAGGUCGGUGAUGUAGUAGAAGUACAGGCAGAUGAAACCUUUCCCUGUGAUCUUAUUCUUCUAUCAUCCUGCACAAUUGAUGGAACCUGUUAUGUUACUACUGCAAGUCUUGACGGGGAAUCCAAUUGCAAGACACAUUAUGCGGUACGUGACACCAUUGAACUGUGUACAGCCGAAUCCAUUGAUACCCUCAGAGCAGCAAUUGAAUGUGAACAGCCUCAACCUGACCUCUACAAGUUUGUUGGCCGAAUCAGUAUCUAUAGUAAUAAUCUUGAAGCUGUUGCCAGGUCUUUGGGACCUGAAAAUCUCUUGUUGAAAGGAGCUACACUAAAAAAUACCAGGAAGAUAUAUGGAGUUGCUGUUUACACUGGAAUGGAAACCAAAAUGGCAUUGAACUACCAAGGGAAAUCUCAGAAACGUUCUGCUGUUGAAAAAUCCAUUAAUGCCUUCCUGAUUGUGUAUUUAUUUAUCUUACUGACCAAAGCUGCAGUAUGCACUACCCUAAAGUAUGUUUGGCAAAGUACCCCAUAUAACGAUGAACCUUGGUAUAACCAAAAGACCCAGAAAGAGCGGGAGACUUUGAAGGUUUUGAAAAUGUUUACCGACUUCCUGUCAUUUAUGGUUCUGUUCAACUUUAUCAUUCCUGUCUCCAUGUAUGUCACAGUAGAAAUGCAAAAAUUCUUGGGCUCCUUCUUCAUUUCAUGGGAUAAGGACUUUUAUGAUGAAGAAAUCAAUGAAGGAGCCCUGGUUAACACAUCAGACCUUAAUGAAGAACUUGGUCAGGUGGAUUAUGUAUUUACUGAUAAGACUGGAACACUCACUGAAAAUAGCAUGGAAUUCAUUGAAUGCUGCAUAGAUGGGCAUAAGUAUAAAGGUGUAACUCAGGAGGCUGAUGGACUCUCUCAAACUGAUGGACCCUUACCAUAUUUUGACAAAGCAGAUAAGAAUCGAGAAGAGCUCUUCCUGCGUGCCUUGUGUUUAUGUCAUACUGUAGAAAUUAGAACAAACGAUGCUGUUGAUGGAGUUACAGAAUCAGCUGAAUUAACCUAUAUGUCCUCUUCACCAGAUGAAAUAGCUUUGGUCAAAGGAGCUAAAAGGUAUGGGUUCACGUUUGUAGGAAUGCGGAAUGGUCAUAUGAGAGUAGAGAACCAAAGAAAAGAAAUAGAAGAGUAUGAACUUCUUCACACCUUAAACUUCGAUUCUGUCCGCCGUCGUAUGAGUGUAGUUGUGAAGACUCAAUCAGGAGACAUACUUCUCUUUUGUAAAGGAGCCGACUCAGCAGUUUUCCCCAGGGUGCAAAAUCAUGAAAUUGAGCUAACUAAAGUCCAUGUGGAACGUAAUGCAAUGGAUGGGUAUCGGACACUUUGUGUAGCCUUCAAAGAAAUUGCUCCAGAUGAUUAUGAAAGAAUUAACAGACAGCUCAUAGAGGCAAAAAUGGCCUUACAAGACAGAGAAGAAAAAAUGGAAAAGGUUUUUGAUGAGAUUGAGACAAACAUGAAUUUAAUUGGAGCCACUGCAGUGGAAGACAAGCUGCAAGAUCAAGCCGCUGAGACCAUUGAAGCCCUGCACGCAGCAGGUCUGAAAGUCUGGGUGCUUACUGGGGACAAGAUGGAGACAGCCAAAUCUACCUGCUAUGCUUGCCGCCUUUUCCAAACCAGCACCGAGCUCUUGGAACUGACCACCAAAACCAUCCAAGAAAGCGAACGGAAAGAAGAUCGAUUACAUGAGUUGUUGAUUGAAUAUCGUAAAAAGUUGCUGCAUGAAUUUCCUAAAAGUACUAGAAGCCUUAAAAAAGCAUGGACAGAACAUCAGGAAUAUGGAUUAAUCAUUGAUGGCUCCACGUUGUCUCUCAUAUUAAAUUCUAGUCAAGACUCUGGUUCUAAUAAUUACAAAAGCAUUUUCCUACAAAUCUGUAUGAAGUGCACUGCAGUGCUCUGCUGUCGGAUGGCACCGUUACAGAAAGCCCAGAUUGUGAGAAUGGUGAAGAAUUUAAAAGGCAGCCCAAUAACACUGUCGAUAGGUGAUGGUGCCAAUGAUGUUAGUAUGAUCUUGGAAUCCCAUGUGGGCAUAGGUAUCAAAGGCAAAGAAGGUCGCCAAGCAGCCAGGAAUAGUGAUUAUUCUGUCCCAAAGUUUAAACAUUUAAAGAAACUGCUGUUGGCUCACGGACACCUAUAUUAUGUAAGAAUAGCACACCUUGUACAGUAUUUCUUCUAUAAGAACCUUUGUUUCAUUUUGCCACAAUUUUUGUACCAGUUCUUCUGUGGAUUCUCACAACAGCCACUGUAUGAUGCCGCUUACCUUACAAUGUACAAUAUCUGCUUCACAUCCUUGCCCAUCCUGGCCUACAGUCUACUGGAACAGCACAUCAACAUUGACACUCUGACCUCAGAUCCCCGAUUAUAUAUGAAAAUUUCUGGAAAUGCCAUGCUGCAGUUGGGCCCCUUCUUAUAUUGGACAUUUCUGGCUGCAUUUGAAGGAACAGUGUUCUUCUUUGGGACUUAUUUUCUUUUUCAGACUUCAUCCUUAGAAGAAAAUGCAAAGGUAUAUGGAAACUGGACUUUUGGAACCAUUGUUUUUACAGUCUUAGUAUUCACCGUAACUCUGAAGCUCGCCUUGGAUACUCGUUUCUGGACAUGGAUAAACCACUUUGUGAUUUGGGGUUCUUUAGCGUUUUAUGUAUUUUUCUCAUUCUUCUGGGGAGGAAUUAUAUGGCCUUUUCUCAAACAACAGAGAAUGUAUUUUGUAUUUGCUCAAAUGCUGUCUUCUGUAUCCACAUGGUUGGCCAUAGUUCUUCUAAUAUUUAUCAGCCUUUUCCCUGAGAUUCUCCUGAUAGUAUUAAAGAAUGUAAGAAGAAGAAGUGCCAGGAAUCCGAAUCUUGAACUGCCUAUGUUAUUGUCCUACAAGCAUAUUGACAGUGGUUACAGCUAAAAGAAAGCAUGAAGAAGCAACUACAAAAAGUUAUCAUCUCAGGAUACUUGAUAUGCAACAAACUAAACCACUAUCUUAUGUCUAAGGUUCAGAGUAAAUGUCCACUAAGAUACCAAAUGACUCUCUUAAGCAUUUACAGUUAUUGUAAGUAGCCGUUAUGGCCAAAGCUCUAAGUUAUGAAUUAUAUGAAGGUUGAAAGCAAGAAUAUUUAGAAUUUCUGGCUUUAGAUAGAAUAAAAUAACUACCAAUGGGUGCUCUUUUAACCCAUGAACUCUGACUGGAUUUAAAUACAAUAGUAUAAAGUAGAAGUCAUGCAAUGGGAAUGAAUAGAUUUUGCUAAUAUUACUUUUUUUGCCUGGCAGAAGAAAUAGGCAAUUUGGGUCACAUUUCUUGUUCCUGCUGAAUGAUAAUGUUAAAUUAUUUUUUUUCAACAUAUGAAAGGAAUACUUGAAAAUAUAAGAGGACUAAAUCAGUCCAUCAGAUAGUAGUUAAUCCUUUCUGUUCACCCACAUGCUAAUUUUGUCUUGAUAGAAUAUCCUUGCCAAAAAAUAACUUGAAAGGUGGAAAGAAUGUUAACCCUGGGUAUUUUUGCAAAAAUCAAAAGAAAUUAUUUAUUUUUGUUCUUCUGGAUUACACUUAAUGAGUGUAAGGCUACUAGAUUUGAAAAGAAAGCAUUUCCAAUCAGUAGCUCCUCAAAAUAGUUAAGAUAUAAUAGAUUUUUCCAAUAUUAGUUUUACUGGGAUCUGAGGCAAGAUGGGCAAAACCACAGUUACAUAAAAAUAAAGGCCAUUCUGAACAUCAGUCUUUUAUCAUUUUUUUUGUGGAGAGGAAGGAAGAAUAGCUUAAUUUCAAACUGUUAACGGUUUUUAUUUGAAAGAGGUUGCAUCUGUGCAUAUAUGCAGCACUUUUUUUUUUUUUUUAACUUGCCGAUUUGGGAGGAGGAAGGGUCCAUAGCAUGACUCUGAACAUGAAUGUUGUCUCUCUUAGUAAACUUGGCUAGAGUAAUGGUCUAACUCUAAACCACGAGAUUCACCUUGGUAAAGUCCUUGACUUACUGGACUAGAGGGAGGUUUUAACCUCCUAAGGAGUUCACCUAAGACAUAUAAAUGUGGUGUGUCUUUAUUAAAUGUUAAAAUUAAACACACGCUUUUUUUGGAUAUAAGUGACUACUAAAUUGAAAUGGUCUUUUAAAAGGUAUUUUCUUACCAGUUUCCAUUCUUGGUUGUCUUCCUGGCAUGCCUGUACUAUUAUUAGUGUUUAUAUUGUACCUUGAUUUGGAGAAGGAAGUAUUAGAUUUAAUCUAUACCAGUGUAUUUAUAAAGUCCAUAUGGCACAUUUGAUUCUUCCAUUUAUAUUUUGUGUUAAUGUUAAGGUGUAAUUUUUCUUAAAUUUUAGAAAGGACAUAAUUUCAGUUGUCAGAAACCAUUCCAUCAUUACUGACCCUUUUUCAUUAUUUCAUUUGUUCUCAUCUAUCAGUAUUAUUUUUGAGUAUUUUGUUAGGUGCCAUCACACCUUCCUAAAUGUGCUGUGUUCUAGUAGCCUAGUAUUUGUGGCAGUCUGCUGAAAACCAAGUCAAUAUAUUCUUUACCUAUUCCAAAGAGCUAAAAAAUCAGACCCAGGAGAGUUUUCGAUGUUUUGUUGUUGUUCUUGUUUUUAUAGUUGUUGCUGUAUUGUUAUUGUUGUUUUACAUAAGAAUUAUAAGGACUGUGAAUACGAAGAGCCGACCUUAAUUAGAGAGGCUUGUUUAAUGCAGACCAUGGAGAUUUGACAUAAUCAGAAUAUCUAGGGUAGUGGAAAUAUAACUGGUGACAUGUAAAAUUCCUUGCAUCCUGGAAGAAAGACGAGGGGGAUUUAGAGUUGUGUCUAAUAAGCUACACAUUACACUGCAGCUCAAAUUCGCGAUGGCAAUGAUGUGUAAUAUCAUGGCCAAGAUCCUUGAGAGGGACCUGACUUUAUUUUUUGAAAGAUAUUUUAUUAGUGAGCAAAAAAAUUGGUUAGCGUGGGGUUAGCAGAUGGAAUAACUUGAAGUAAGCCAUCCAGUAUUCCUACCACUACAAUCUAACCACCUUAUUUUGUGUCAGAGAAAGGGGUAAAAUGUAAUAAUAGGAUCAUAUACCCAUCAUUUGAAUAAUUUCGAACUACAAAAUGUCCUAGUAGUUUUCACAGCUGUUCUCCACUGUUUGAGGAUGUUACCUACGAAACUGAAAACAUAAAUUCCAUAUCUACCACAUUUACACCAGCAACAGUAUAAAAUACAAGCCUAAAUUUGCAAAAUCCAUAAUAAUUUAGUGAUGGAAUUUUUUAAUAACGUGCAGUAUAUAAAUGCAGAUUUUAUGCAAGUGUUGACGAAAUCAUUUUUCAGCUUGCAAAAUGGGACUGCAAUAUUACAUUUUUCACUUCAGCAAUUUUUUACAUCGUUUUUGCUUUCUAUAAUGAAUGUGAAUGCCAUCUUUUAUGAAUGCAA